AUGAAUCUAACCGACAUCUCGUACUUUACUGGCGCAUGCACCAUGACUGCCGAGACUCAGCACUCGCCCACCGAAGCCUCCACCGCUUCGGUGCCGCUGGAGAGCUCAGCGGGUAUAUCGCUAGAGACCCCGGGGAAGAAUGAGGUGAUGGUCAAAUCGGAGCCCCAGGGCAGCACGCCGAUCACGGAGAGAGAGGACGAGGAAACUGGGGACAUUGAAGGACUCAUCCCCACUUCAGGGAGCAGGAGGAGGAAGCGCCCUAUCCAACGCGGUAAACCUCCCUACAGUUACAUCGCUCUUAUCGCCAUGUCCAUUGCCAACUCGCCAGAAAGGAAGCUGACGCUUGGAGGAAUUUACAAGUUUAUAAUGGACCGGUUCCCAUUCUAUAGGGAAAAUUCCAAAAAGUGGCAAAAUUCCAUAAGGCACAACCUAACGCUAAAUGAUUGUUUUGUGAAGAUCCCCCGCGAACCCGGGCGCCCCGGGAAGGGCAAUUACUGGACGCUGGAUCCGGCAGCUGAAGAUAUGUUCGACAACGGGAGCUUUUUACGUCGGAGGAAACGUUUCAAGCGCUCAGACAUCACCACCUACCCAGGUUACAUGCAAAAUUCCAGUGCCUUCACCCCCACUCCGGUUGGGAGACCUUCCUAUCCCAAUGCACUGUAUCCCAGCGUAUGUUCGGCCUAUAGUCCGCAGGUCCACAGCAGCAGCCACAACCCGGCCAUGCUGCAUCCCUACCAGGGGGCAGCGGUUAGUCAGGCCCAACACAGGAUGUUCAGUAUUGACAAUCUCAUCGGGCCACAAUCCGUUUUGCAGGCUUCAUCUGGGAUUGACUUAAACUCUCACUUAAACGGAGAAAUUGGACCAAUGGUCAGUUGCUCAAUUGGCGGAGUGGACGUUUCCGGUUUUCAACCACAGUCCGCAAGCCCGACUGGGACUGGGGCCGGGUUGAACAGGUCUUCCAACAGCAUUACUUCCAAUACGACCUAUUCGUAUUCAGCAUCCCCUCCUCACCUAUCUCUAUCUCAAGCCAGCUACUCUGCCAAUAACACCCAGAUGUACUGUCCUUCCAAUCGACUUGCCAUGCCGCCCAUGAGACACAACUCCUGCUCGGAUCACAGCGAUCAGCUUUUGGGUUUAUCCAACCAUCAGAUGAACGGACUCGCACAGUUCAAUGCCAAUAAUUCAUACAUGCGACAAGCAAAUUGUGCACCUGCACUUGACAGAUUCAUGUAG